CCUGCGCCCUGCGACCCCCCUCUCCUUUCCGUCCCGCUGCUUCUCAGCAGAUCCGCGUUCCGCGCCCGCAUCCCCACAGUCGUGUUUGCGCUUCUCCAGCGAUGGAGGAUCCUGUGUGUAGCCACAGGCACGUCGCCUUUUGUUUUGUUUUCCUGCUUGGCUAAAAGGUUUUUUCCCUUAAGAGGAGGAACGCCCCCCAAGUGAACUCCUUCUGAAACAGACUGUCCUAGGCUUCUAGGUUCUCUGCUCCCCCGCCCUCGCUCCCCAUCUCUCCCUGCACCGUAAACUUUCCAAGCGGCCAAGUUCACUUUCUCUGACAGCAUUAUUUUGAGGAAUUAAUGCGGGGAGCAUUAAGGGAUGAGACUGAGGGAUUAAGCUGGAGACGGAUUAAAGGAGAAGGCUUCUCAGGGAACAUGGUGGAAUGGUGCUUACCUCAAGAUAUAGACCUUGAAGGUGUGGAAUUCAAGUCUAUGGCCAGUGGGUCCCAUAAAAUUCAGUCUGAUUUCAUCUAUUUCCGAAAGGGGCCCUUCUUCGGCCUGGCCUGCUUUGCCAACAUGCCCGUGGAAAGCGAGCUGGAGCGGGGCGCACGUAUGAAGUCUGUGGGCAUCCUCUCUCCAUCCUACACCCUGCUGUACCGCUACAUGCACUUCUUGGAGAACCAAGUUCGACACCAGCUGGAGACGCCGGGACAUUACUCUCAUCUGGCUGCGUUCUAUGAGGACAAGAAAGGGGUGCUCCAUGCUGGUCCCGGGAGAGGCGGCAGCCUGCCCCCUGUCUACUGGCUGCCUUCCAUCCACCGAUACAUGUACCCUGAGAUGAAGAUCACACACCCAGCUGGCUGCAUGUCUCAGUUUAUUAAGUUCUUUGGAGAACAGAUCCUCAUCCUUUGGAAAUUUGCCUUACUUCGAAAGCGCAUUUUGAUAUUUUCUCCGCCUCCUGUGGGUGUCGUAUGCUAUCGAGUGUACUGCUGCUGCUGCCUGGCCAACGUCUCCCUGCCUGGCAUCGGGGGCACCAUCCCUGAGUCCAAGCCUUUCUUCUAUGUGAACGUGGCCGACAUCGAGAGCCUGGAGGUAGAGGUGUCCUAUGUGGCCUGCACCACAGAGAAGAUUUUCGAGGAGAAGCGGGAACUGUAUGAUGUCUAUGUGGAUAACCAGAACGUGAAGACGCACCACGACCACCUGCAGCCCCUGCUGAAGAUCAACAGUGCCGACCGGGAGAAGUACCGGCGGCUCAACGAGCAGAGGCAGAUGCUGCUGUAUUCCCAGGAAGUAGAGGAAGACUACAACCCUUGUGAAGAGGACCUCUUUGUGCUGUUUUUCCUAGAACAGAACAACCGGAUAUUUCAGACUUUGCUGGAGGUGUCUGCCAGUCAAGACAAAACUCUGACUGCCGAGCAUGCCCGAGGCAUGGGCUUGGACCCCCAGGGAGACCGGAGCUUUCUCAUGGACCUGCUGGAGGCCUAUGGCAUUGACGUCAUGUUGGUCAUUGACAACCCCUGUUGCCCAUAGGAAGAGCGAGCCCAGACUGGUGAGCCGCUCCCAUGUGGGGACUUCAUCCCGGGCCCCAGAGGGCUUCCUUUUUUAUUAAGUUGACAUAGAGGAAUAUUGUUUACACUUUCCAACAAAUAUAAUUUUUGCAAUCUCCUUUCUUCCCUUCCUCCCUAGAGGUCAGAUGAGAUCACCUUGGUUCUGUGUCCUGCUUUGCUAGGACGUUGGAAUAUACCACUUUCUCCCGGAGCUGCUUCCUGGUUCAGUCUUAGGAGUUUUCAAAGUAGAUUCUCUCAUCUCCUUGUUGAGUGACUUGAGGGGAUAUGGCGAAGACCAUGCAUCACUAGAAGCAGGCCGAGCUCUGGAAACCCUGGGGUGGACUGUUCAGAAAGUCUGUAUGGUCUGUGUCCUUUGAUGUACUCAAGAAUGAGAAGUCUGUCUGUCCCAUGUACCCUUGGACGUUCAUCUGCCUGAGGCGGAAGCUAGACCAGAUGACCUUUCAAGGUUUUUAUUAGUUCUGGGAGUCCAGUCUUGGGAUCAAAUCCCUUUUCCUGUUUAUUCGGGCAAAUCUAUGUCUUCUCUGUUCACAUGAGUAGAGACCUCAAAGAGGGACUAAAAGAUGUUUUUGACACCAAGUAUGAGCUUCUUUAAGGACAGGAUGACAGGGAGAAGUUGCUUACCAGUCAGCUGAAAACUAAAAUUAUAGAAUGAGGCCUUGAAACUUUCCUCAAAGUAAGUUAAUGGUGGCCACUCAAUAUUCCUGUUUCUGUGAAUCACCUCCUCUUGGAAUGGGUUGGUGAAUUCUUAAGGGCCAGUGCUGGCCCUGGAGCUUGCAAGCAAAUUCCUUUUACAAUUUAGUCUCCUUUAAGGGCUAACUGUCCUCUUGGAGUAAUUUGAGUAUUUUUAAACAGUAGCAUUUGUUGCCACCAAAGGUAGAGCAGUUGAGGUUCAAGCAGGAUAGAGAUGAAGAUGUUUCUUUACCUGGAUGAGAGUUCUCUGAAGGCGUUACCUGCAGAGCCUCUGGAUCGAAACAGAUUCACUACAUUCCAUAAUCUAGCAAGGGUCUGAGUUGGUGAACCUAGGGGUUGGAGCAUGUUAAGACUGUGGACCAGUCUGGAGCCCUCACAAACAAACUUCUCUUCAGCAGAGAUGACAUUCCUUGAGCUCAGUAAUUGGAGCCAGAGACGUAACAGAUCCCUUAGAGAGCAAAUUUGACAGUCCCUUCACCCAGGAGUGGUCAGGAACCCUGAGUGUCAGUGAAGCAUUUAUCUGCUUCCUCUGAAAUGCUUUGGUCUGGGCAGCUCCUGCCAGUCUGUCUGUCCUCUUUGGCUGGGUGUUGGAUGGAUGCCAGCUUAGUGAGACAGCGGUUAUUUGUUAACCAUAGGGAACCAGCUCCUGUGAGUAGAGUUUAGCUCUUUUGGGCCAUAAUUUAGGAUUUUGACUUGGGAUACUGGGUUGUUGGUAACAAUUAAUUUCUUCCCCUUCACCCAUCCUGCCCUGCUCUACUAUCGGAAUAGCCACCAAUGUAUCCAUGUCUUUGACCAAGUUCUAGCCAGGCUAAUGUACACAGCAGAGAGAAAUAACUUUCAAAUGGAUGGGUCACAUGUCUUAUCUCAAGACUAGGUUUUUAGAGCUUACUGCUUUAUUCAAAACUAUAUUCAUUGUGGCUCCUUGAUAUGGAAUUCAAGACUAAAGAAAUGCAGUGUGGAAAUGCAAACAGACAUUGAUUAAUCAAGGUAACAUCUUUUAUGUAAAUACAUAAAUAAGUUUGGGCAUUAAAAUGUAAACUGUACAACUAAUACAUUUUUCUCCUCUGCAGUGUGGGUUUAGCCAUCAUUGCAGUAAUAUGUAUGUUUACAAAGGGAAAAAAGCUGUUUAAGAAGCUGAAGCUUCACCACCUUUUUCCUUGAAGAGCAACUUUCUCCUCUCGCCUCUCGAGAAGGAGCAGCCUUUCGAACUUGCGUCAAGUAAGGUUACUUUUAGUGCCUCAAGGUUCAAGGUCUUUCAAGUAGAGGGGUAGAGGGUGAGAGGCAGGGGAAGGGGUGAAAGGAAAGGUCAGAUUCUCUUGGAGGACACAGGCAGACCCUCUCUGUGGAAUUGGGGAAUUUGUCAGAAUACUCUUUUUAAGCACUUUUGCUCCAGUCUUUCUGCAUGCGACCACUUCUGUUCUGUGGUCUUGUAACUUCCAGCUCAGAAGUGCUGAUAUAAAGGUAGGAGUGAAAAUGAGGUUCUUGAAUUUCCCUUUGAAUGGUGGCUCAGGGGUCCUGGGCUCCUUUUAACUCCAUACUGUUGUAGGCAGCUGUCUGUCUGGCAUCUCUGUGUGUUCCCCUCACACACUGCAGAGGGCUGGGGUCUGGGUGCCCCAGAGGGGAAUGUACCUGUGAGGCAGUGCCAUGUCGUAGGUCAUAUGGAGCCUGGGCUCAGCUGACCCCAAAGCAGAAUUUCUCCCCUCCCUCCCUGUAUUCCUUUUAAGAGGGAACCCAAGGAAUCAGUCCUUCCCUACAUUGCCAGCUUCCUCGUGGGACCAGAACUCGUGCAGCGCCACCUCUGCUUGGCCAGACAGCAUGCUCGCUGGCUGUUGGUUACCUUUGUCACUGUCUAUCACCCCCGAGUAUUUCUUGCCUGGAUUGUGAUAUGGAGCCUCUUGCUUCCGAGGUCACCUUUUGAAGGCUUGCUUUGUACCUGACUCUGCUCCUGCCCGUCAACCUUCUCCCCAGUAUCUCAAGUGAGCUGCACAAGCCAGCAUCAUUUGCUGCCACUUCUCUAAAAGGGGAAUUAGUUUGUGAAGUACCAGGCAGGAAUCUUUGCAGAGUGACAGCUGAAGCUAGAAGCCACACGGACCUGCUUUUCUGUCACUGUUGAAACAUUUUCUGAGAAACCAUCUGCUUUUGUUUGGAAGACAUUGGUGAAUGUCCUUCUUCCUCCCUUCUAGGUCUGUAAGCUGUGUAUUACCAUUGACCAUUAUUACCACUGACCUUUUGAAGCAAGGUUGGAAACCUUGACUGACAGUGGCCUUCUGCCCCUCUCUCAUGGGACCUCAUUCCCUCUUGCCUGAGCUGGCUUGGUCCUUCUGGGGAACUUUAAGCCCAGUCUAGUGCCACGCUAUGAGCCAUGUGCUAACCAUUGGUGGUGACCUGAGACACCUGAGGCUGCCUUGUCAUCCCUGAAUCAGAAGAAAUUCCAGCUGGCAAGAUUCCUUAUGGGCCUGAAGUCCUGGCUUGGGGUUUGUUCAUGUCUAGUAAAACAUGACAAAGGCCUGUUAAAGUAGAUUUUUUCAAUUGUGCAGGCUUGACAGAUGGUAAUAUUCAGCCUUGGGGACAAUGGCCAGUUGUGCUCUGGCUUAGGACACUUUCUUUGGAAGGAAUCAGAUAGUAGGGCUUAUUUCCUACCAGACCAAAAAGUAUGGGCCAAAUAAUUUGUUUAGAAUUAGCUUUGGCUUUUGUCAAGCCUGAAGCCCUCCUUGGCCUGCUGUGGGUCCAUCCAGUGUAGCUGUCCACCUGGGUCCCUGUAGAGUCCUGUCAGUCACUACAGUGAAUCAGAAGGCAUUUGCCUCCCUCUCCAUCAUCCACUGUGACAUCUCUUCUUCCAUUUGGCCGGGAAACGGAAGCUGAACUCAUUGAUAUAUUGAUAGAAAUAAUUAAGCAUAGGAAUUUGCAUCUGUAACUUACCUUGUUUUGUUCCAUAUGAAAAUCAAGGUGGGACAUUUAAGUGUAGCACAGGGUGCAGAUAAUUCUAAAUACCACAUGUGCAGACUCAUUUAUCAGUGUAACUACCUGUGAUAUUUCAGCUGGAAGAUAAAGGUAAAGAUAAAUUAAAUCCUAGCAGAAUCACUGUUUUUCAUUCUGGUGGCUUUGAGGAUGAACUUGGUAUUUGUCUUGAUACACUGAAAGCCCUUCAAACACAAUAAAAAGAUGAGAUUAUUCACCUUUAAACUGAGGCCUUUUUGUAAAGGGCAGUCAUGAAUUAACCUUUUAAUGGUAGUACAGCAACUUUUUUUUUUUUUUUUUUUUGUAAUGAAAUGGCGUAGCUUGGGGAAUGGAUUGAGAUGCUUUCUCCAGUCCCAGUGCAGAUCACCCCUGAGAGGAAAAGGAGGGCAAGGGUGUUGCUGAAUAAAAUUAUAAGACAAAGUUCAGCUUGACAGUGAACUUUGUGAUGACAGUUCUAAAACAGGCAAGAAAGUUAAUAUAGGGACCAAGACGUCAUGUACUGGCUUUUAUCUCCCUGUUAGGUUCCUCGCUAGUGGGCUUGGCAUCCAUGAAAAGUCUGGCCCUCAGACCUUUCCCCUGCCCCUCUCAGAUCUGCCCUGUCCCCCGCGGUGAGGAUCCUGCACACCCAGAGGCUUACUUUGGCAGGCCCAGUCCUGGCCCGUCUCAUUUCAGGAGAACCCUGUUCUGAUUCAGGUAGGGGAGGAGAAGGAGUGGAGGGCUUCUUUUACUCCCAAGUCAUGGAUUUUUAAUAUUCCAUUUUUGUUACUAAUAUACCUCUGUUCCCAGGAGCUAUUGGAGCGCUGAGUGUUGUGGGAAAAGGCUAACUGUGAAUUAAGUUAAUGUUUUUCUUAAAAGAAAUGAAAGUUUAUUUUUAUAUUGCUAUUACUGUGUGAUGAAUUGAGUAUGCAGAUGUUGAAAUGGAAGGAGAUUUCAAAACUGUAAUCCUAGAAGAAAUGGGCAGUUUUGGAAUUUGGAAGCAACUGAGACCCCAUUAAAGUUUUAUUACUUAAAUACUUUGGAGAGUGAAUAAGGAGACUAUGCUGUGAAAUCCUAACAGCACUCUUGAGGAGAUAAACUUGACAGUCCUAGGAAGGAUGAUAUACCGUCACCAACUUUAAGUAAAAUUCUUGGACAAAAGCGGGUAAAUGUGAUCAUGCUGAUUGUUAGUCCUUUUAACUGGUAGGAGUGGGUGGUAGUUUUAUAACUGGCACUUUAAUUCGUUUUUGGAGCUGGAAUACAGGGGCAGUUGGAUGAAACUGUACAUUUAGAAAGGAAAUAAGAAUUUUCUAGUGCUGUAUAAAAAAAAAUGAUGAUGGAGAGCUAAAGCCGUGCUUUUUCAUCUCUUUAGAGUUUAUUCUAGAAGCUCAGUAUACCAUGGGCUUUUAGAGGUAAUAGGAUCUAAACUCAGAAAAUUUAUUUAAUUUACCAUAGUAGAAGGAUAAAUGUGAAUUCCUUGUUGGCUGUAGAAUCCCUGUUUAGAGUAACGAUACAUUUUCUUUGCUGUCAAAGGACAGCUGAGGAAUGUGGGGGUGGGCUAGGGUAUUAUAAAUUAGCCAGGGAGGAUCUACAAAAUGAAAAAUCCACACCGAGGUCACUGAGUUAGCUGAUUGCUAAUAUAUUUGACAUUAGAGUAAAAAUUGCCUUCAGCCAAAUUAAGCAAAGAUGAAAGUAUAAAAAAAUUUUGAGGGGCCAGCCCCGUGGCGUAGUGGUUAAGUGCACGCACUCCGCUGCUGGCGGCCCAGGUUUGGAUC